AUGCUAUCAAAUCUUCAUUUCGCAAGAUUCAUCAAGAAGCAUCCCACCAUUGGAGAGGAUCAAAGAAUCGCAGAGAAGUCAAUUGAAUUCGGAAUCAAGUUCACAAGGGUUUUACAUCAGUCAUCGGAAAAACCCGUCGCCAUGAACGACCAUCCACCACCUCGGCUGCUGCCGCCACGCCUAAUUGUCCCCCGGACUACCCCAGAAAUCCUGAAGCAAACCACCACCUCCAUCUUCUCCUCCGGCCAAAACCUCCUUCUUAUUCUCCUUCUUUCCUUCUUUUUGCUUUCUUUACGCGGUAGUGUCGAAAUGGCUACUCAUUUCCUCACUUCCUUCAUCGAUAACAACCCUUCCAUAAAAUCCUUCAUAGAUCGAGAUAACGUCCCUCCCAAUCCCACGACCUCCACCACAACCACCGCACUCCGCCAGUUCGUCCAGCUCAUCCGCGGCGGGAUCGUAGACGAUAAUUUCUUACCGGGAGACAACUCCUUCAAUCACCAAUUGAAUGCCACCUCACUCAUACUCGACUCCUUCGAUUCCCAAAUGGGGUUCUCCAAUUUCGUAUCCGAUAACGGAAUUAGGACAUCUGAAAUUGUCCGUUCUACUGCUAAGAUGAAUUUCAGAUCAAUCAAGAUCAUACAGAAAGAAGAAAUCAACGAUUCUGCACCGUUUAACGAAACGGGUAUAAGUCAAACCUACUAUCAGUCUUUCUUGAAGAGAUUUGACCGCGAACUCCAUGAAUAUACUGCAAUAACGAUUUUCAUUCUUGCUUUCGCUGCUUCGUAUUGGUUUUUGGUUCAGUUAUUCAUCUUUACUUAUACUAAGAUUCAUGGGAUUAUAUUCGUAUUGGUUCUGAAUGAUUUCUGUAAGAGAAGCUACUCUUUCGCCAUUACUUACUCCAAUGGUUCUUCUUUGGCUGUUGAAAGAUUGUCUGGAAGCUUCAUUGUAAUGAGAUGGGUUUUCAGGGAUGUUUUCAUUCAACUCAUGUGCUUCUGGUUCUUAGGAGGAAUUGAUGAUCCAUAUUCCCAAUUAAAGAUCUUUGUUUGGUCAAAGUUCAUGCCAUUUUCAAUCAUGUCGCCUUGGGAUAAAGGUUUUGAGAAGGAGAUUUAUGAGUUCAAGGUAUCCUGUUUCUUAUUGGACAAGCUCAUGUCUUUUGUGUUUGAUGUGGGUGCUUGGAUAGUUAUGGCGGAUUCAAGAAAGAAUAUGAAUGAAGUUGUGCAAGAAGUUUGGCAUUUGCUAUAUUUAAUGAUUGAAUCCGCUACUGAACUCAAGUGUUGUGAAUAUAUAGUUUGUGGGAGGAAUACUAAAUGGCUACUUACACUAUGUUUUGGUGAGUUGUUUGCUAUGGCUUUCCAGUCUUUCAUGGAGGUUUAUUUCAUGGUUGCAUGGCUGAUGUAUUACUUGUCUGUCAAGUCCAUUGAUGCUAAUUCUAGGGGUCAACCUUUUGGUCAACGAGAGCUUAAAGCCAUGCUUAGAGAUGUUAGAUGA